UCAAAAGUCGCUUGACUACAGGAGCAUGCGUACUACUCGAUUCAAGUCGACUGAUAACAAAGUUACCUUACUUUUCGGUAAGUGUCAAUACAUAAGUAAAAGUCAAAUAGAUAUAUAUUGUUUUGUUUACGCUGCUCAUCUCCGGCACACAAGUUACUUUAGACUCCUAGUUAUUGCUUACAACUUACCAUCCCAAUAUUUGUUAAAAAUGAUGCUUCAUAAGAUGAGUACAUUGUCGUUGUGUAGAUUAUGUAGCAAAGAAAAACAUCAAGGUACUGAUCUUUUCAAAGACAAAAUUAAAGGUUCAGUCCUCUUAUCAAUCAUUAAUAAAUACUUUGCGAAAGAGGUUAUCAAUAUAUGCAUUACUGAUGCUUUUUCUAAAUAUGUAUGUAGCGAAUGCGAGCAAAAGCUUUGUAUGUUUGAUGAAUUUUGUUUGAUGGUAGCAAAUGUUCAAAAACAACUUACUGCACCUUCAUUAGAAAUUGAUUUUGCAGAGGAUAUGCUUUGUCAUUUGAAGGAGGCAAGUUUACCAGAUAAAUUAACAGAACCAAUGUUGAGUAUAAGUGAAAAAAGAAAACAGAUAUGUCCUAUAUGUGGUAAGAGUUUUAGAUGUUCAGCUCAUUUGAAACGACACAAGUUAAUUCACACAGGACAGCGUCCAUACAUAUGUGAUAUCUGCAACAUGUCUUUCAAUCAACAAGAAAUCAUGAUGAAGCAUAAACAACGUCAUGAAAUAAAAAAAAUGUUUCAGUGUGCUAAUUGUCACCAGUCUUUUCGAUAUAAAGUGUCUCUGAAAUCCCACAUGCUUAAUUUUCAUGCAGCAAACAAUCAAAUGAUCGUGAAUAAUCAAAUCAUACCUGUACAAAAUCACCCUUUACAGUGUCCAGAAUGCGGAAAACAGUUUGCUACAAAAUACAAAUUACAAAGGCAUAGAAGAUGUCACACUGGAGAAAAGCCAUUCCUUUGCAAUUACUGUGAUCGAUCAUUUUCACAAACAGGGAAUUUGAAACUGCAUCAAAUGAAGUAUCAUCAAAUUACAUGUACUAUGCCUGAAUCACAAGAAAAUCUUCAACUCCAACAAGCACCUAAUCAAGUUAUCCAGCAAGAAAUUCCAGAUCCCCUGAAUACCUACCAACCAGUUUUCUUGACUGAAACUGAAAUUCAGAAUACAAUCAAUGAAACUAUUAACUCCACGGAUCCAAGUUCUUCAUAUCUAAAUAAAUCCUACGAAAACCCCUUGUAUAUAGAUGAAGAAAUAGAAACGAUGUUGGAUCAAGAUCUUGAUCAAUUAGAGCGUCAUAAAUAUGCGGCAUCAAUGCAAGAAAAAGUUCCAUUUUGUUUAAAACAACCAGAAACUCCAGAAUUGUUACAAAGUUUACUCUAUGAUGAUUAAG